AUGGUUUCGACGGACCGUGAGGCACUGGUUUCCCUGUUUCGUUCGACCGGUGGGGCUGGCUGGAUCCGAAGAGACAACUGGGACACAGACGCUGACCUCGCGACAUGGAAUGGAGUCAAUGUUAACGUCCAGGGCCGAGUGGUUAACCUUGACCUGCAGUACAACAACCUCCAAGGCUCCAUCCCACCGGAGCUGGGAAAGCUCGCAGCAUUGCGUGCGCUCGACCUUCACGGUAACCAACUAAUUGGGCGGAUACCAAAGGAGCUGGGGGGCCUGACUGAGCUGAAGAAGGUCACGUUUUACCACAACAACCUUACGGGUCGUAUUCCGGAGGAACUAGGAAACCUCACAGCUCUCACCCACCUGCGGCUCAACCGCAACAGCCUGGAAGGCCCCAUCCCGCUGGAGCUGGGAAACCUCGCGGCAGUACAGCACCUAUCUCUCCAGGAGAACCAGCUCAGCGGUGAUUCAUUGUCCAUCAGUAAUUGUGUAGUUUUUCACGCAAUGGUAUUUGCUCCAUCGGUGGAGUCACCAGCUACAGUUAUCUGA